AUGAUGUGCUCAUUUCCGUUUAUUGUUCGAGAAAUAGCCACCGAAAUCGAGAAAUGCCUUAAUUCUUUCGAAGAACCAGAAUCAGCCAGAAUGUAAGUACGAGCAUGAAUCAAUAUAAAAAGAAUAAAAGUUAUUUCAGUGUGGAUAACCGUUUGGUCUCUUACAAUGAAGCUGUUCCAGCCCCAUCCAGCUCUAGAAAAAGAAAGAAGUCGUGCCCAGCAUGUGCAGCCGAUGCCAACGCGAACUCGAAUAUUGCACAUAUCAAAAAGUUAGUGACAAAUGCUGAUUUUUGAAUAACCUCCAUUUUUUCAGUUGCCUACAAAAAAAGGGUCAAGUGCCAAGACAGUUGGAUGACGACUACUGCGACCUAGGGCGGCGAAUCACCGGAGUACAAUUGAAGCCAAGUGAAGGACCUUCCCAGGUCGAGCCGUCGGGAGAGGAAAAGAAAAAGUGCGUUUCUGAAAACCGAACAACUAGAAAUUAACGUUUUUCCGAUUUCAGACCUCGCCGACGUUGCCCGAGAAGAGCUCGCACGUUCAACGCGGCUGUACAGAAACCUUAG